AUGGGUAUAGGAGGGGAUGAUAUUGUUAACAUGUUGCUCAAGGAGCUCUUGUUUCCUGUUUCCCUUGUGACUCUAGAAGUCACUCAUCUCUCUCAAAUGAAUUCCUUAGAAGGAAAUAUACUUGGACACCUCUCUUCUCUAGAAAGCCUUUACUUUAAUCAUUGUCCAGGGCUCGUCUCAUUGCCACAAACAACCUUUCCCUCCUCGCUGAAAUCACUUCUUUUUUGCGACUGUCCAAGACUAGAGUCAUUGCCAGAAGACAACCUCCCUACCUCUUUACAGCGACUGUACAUUACAGAUUGUCCAUUGUUAGAAGAAAGGUAUAAAAGGAAGGAACAUUGGUCCAAAAUUGCUCACAUCCCAGUCAUAGAAAUAAAUCACCAACUCACAAUAUGA